AUGACACCUACUAGUAUUACAGACGAUGGAGAUCAUCCUCAUUCCGAUGAUACGACAUCUCACACGAGUAUAGGAAAACGAUCGCGUGACCAGAUGGAAAGACCACAAAGGAUACCUGCUUCGAUAAAGUCUUGUAAUGAAUGUAGGCAACAAAAACUUGGUUGCAAUGUUGUGAAGGAACCAUUUAAGUCUUGUUGUAGAUGUACUCGUCUUGGUAUCCAAUGCAAAUUAGACUCUGACUUCAAAAGGGUGGCAAAAAGGCAUAAGCAUUCAGAGAUGCAAAAAGAGAUAGAGGAGUUAAGGGCAUUGGUCGCAAAACAAUCAGCACAACUUGCUGCCGCGAACUCUCCAGAUAACUCGGGAAAGGAAAAGACCGCUUCUUCUUCUUCUUCUUCUUCUUCUUCUACAGAAACGAAACCAAAGGAUCAAAAGAUUGAUGACAUUCUAGUUUCUGGUGAACAACUUGCUUUCUUAUUCGAUCAGUUGAGUCUCUUCACUCAAACAUGUGAUCAGACCUUCGCUCAAGGUCCAGUACUCGGAUGGGGAAUUGUUCUUGUAUCAGCUAGACGUUACCCACAGGAUCCUACUUUAGUCCUGAACCUAUCGAAGGCUUAUAUGAAGUUUUUAUGGAAUUUUAUAUCAGAUAUGCCGCAAAGAUUAGCAUCAAUAAAAGCUCUCGCAUUAUUAUGUACUUGGCCGGUACCUUUGAUUCGGGGUUUCACAAAAAGUAGAAAUGAUAAAGCUUCAGCUACUAUGGGAUUGAGUGAGUUGGAUCCAACGUCGAUGUUGAGUGGAAUCAUGAUGCAAAUUGCUCUACAAACGGGAAUGCAUCGUCCUCAUCAUGCACAGGAUUUCCUUAAACAGACAAGAGAUGUAUCGGAAGCUGAAUUGAGGGAUAGAAAGUUGACAUGGGCGAUAUGUAAUAUUGUUUCUCAGAGCGUGUCGACGUCCAAUGGUCAACCUUCAAUAACUAUUUAUGAUUGGGGGCUUGGUGAUGGGCUUGAACAAGAUUCCGAAAUACUUCCACCAGGUAUCAAACAUCGAUUAAAGAUUGAGAAAUUUUGUCAGAAUGUAUCCAGAACGUUAUAUGGAAAUAGUUCCGAGGUGACAGGAGUUUUAUCCGAUGUUGAUGAACAAUCAUCAGUCACUAAUAUGCUUGAACUUCAAUAUCAACAGUUGGAGUCAGAGAGUGUGACGUUCUCCUCACUGAAUAAACUAUACCUACUUGCAGCUCGACUUUAUCUACACACCUUUGCAUUUUACAUACCCGAAUUCUCACGCAAUCAUUUGAAAGCCUUAUCUUCAGCCUAUAAUUCCGCCACAAGGUUCAUUGAAGCUCUCCUUGACUACGAUCUUCAUUCCGAAGCAAUCCUUCCCUAUUGCUCAUAUUACAUUCUCAAGAAUUUGAUCUGCGCAUCAUGUGUUCUUUUAAAGAUAUUAAACAGUACGUAUGCCAUGCAAUUUGAUAGCACACAAGGGAGAUCUCUCUUCAAUGCCACAAUUUUAGCAUUGAGAUCCACGAGUUUAGCUGCAAAUGAUUAUUCGGAUCGUAUUGCUGAGGCAUUGGCCAGGAUGUGGAGGAGUGCUGGAUCAGGAGACUUAAAUCGACGACGAGAGGACUUCUCUCCUAUAGAUAUCAAAAUUCAAUCUAGACUGUCUAUAAGUCAUGUACAUGAUUGCUUUUUACGUUGGAGGAAAACCAUUAACCCUCCGGCUACCACCAAAAACACCUCGGAGACUAAUUGUAACGACCCUAUGAAGAAUUCCAAGACUUCAUACACCGCCAUGAAUGGAGAUGUAUUACAACAAGAGCAAGCUGCGACUGCAACAUAUUUUCAGCCGGGUUCACUCGAAGAAGCGAUGAGUUUUCCACCCAUGAUUGCGGAUUUUGAUUUGUUGAAUUCGUUGGAUUGGAAUUUUGAUGACAAUUUACUCACUACUUGGACGUGA